GGCGGGACGGCGGCGGGGGCGCUACGGGAGCCCAGCGAUUUUUGGGGGGCCGAAAGGGCGGGCGGGCGCGCUGCGGAUCUGACAGGACCUGCCCGUAUAUGUCUAAUAUAAAGACCAUUUCCUGCGGCGCGAGGGGCGCUGCUCGUCCGCGCGCGCCCGGCGGGGCCGCCCGCUGCGCUCCCACCGCCCGCUCCGAGCCCCGGCCCGAUCCCACCGCCCGGCACCGCAGGGCGGACAGCGGGGGCUGCCACCCCUCCCGCCCCCCCCCUCCUCCCGGCGGCUGCCCGCUGAGGGGCGGGCGGGCGGCGCGCGUCCCUAAUUUAUUUAUCGCUGUUUCCCCGGGAAAGGAUGGAAAGUGGGUUAUCGAUUAUAUAAACACAUCAAUAUUCAUGGCGCUGCGCGGAGGGACGCGGCUCGGCCGGAACAGGCAGUGCGGCCGGGGGAGGGGGAGCGCGGCGGCUGCGAUGGGUGGGCGCGCAGCGGGACGUGCCGGGGCGGGCGCGGAGGGGCCGGGGCAGCGGGCAGGGGAUGGAGCGGGGCGGCCCCUUUACCUGCGCCCCGCCCGCCCCCCGCGGCCACACCGCACGUCGGGAGAGCCGCGGGCUUUGCGCAUCUCGCGCAGCCUCCGCGGUUCCUGCGCGGGCAGCUCCGGCCGCCGCCAGGAGCAUCAGCCGCGGGGAGCGGGGCAGGCUCCGCUCCGGACUCCGCACCGGCGCAAGGUCCGCCCGCAGCGUCGGGCGCGGAAAGUUCCCAUCGGGGCCCCGGGAGCCGCAGCCUCGCAGCAGUAGCAUGGACGGCUGUGAAAGAAAAGAGGGAGCCGAGGCCAUAGAGAUCAUUUCAUCUUGUGUUGGAAGGGCUGAAUUGUCAUUUCAAAGCUGAAACACCGUCACUGUCCAGCCAGAGAUCCCCAGCUAUCCUCUUCUGUCUGGAUCACUUCAGAAAACAUGCUAAUUUAUCUGCAAAAAAUACCUGCCUUCUCAACAAAUCCUGAAUAAAAUU